GGAUGGUUUGUCAAUCGGCUUGUCAACUGACACAGAUGCAGUGGUGGAACUUGUCGUUUCUGUCUGUGUGUACCGCAUCUUCAUCAAUGGCUGCAUUCCUGCCCUCGCCUCCUCUUCGGCAGCUCAGAUCUGCUGCUGCACGGUCAACAUCUCCGUCACUGCAGCUGCGCGCUGCAUCUGACAAGGCGGCCACACCAGGUGAGAGGUAGAUCCGAUGAGUCAAGCUCGUGUUUGACGUGUUUGUGCUGUUUGCUGCAGGCUCUGCGAGGCAUCGGGUCGUUGUGUGGUUCCGAAACGAUCUGAGGUGGCGUGCAGCAGACAUUCAAAGGGUUCAAUGCGUCAUUGUGUGUCUUCCCUCGUGUCUGCCUGCAGGUUACAUGAUCAUCCCGGCCUGAGUACGGCCAUAGAGCAGGUGCGCCGGCUGGGAGCCGACAAGGCUGAGGUACUGCCUGUCUUCUGCAUCGAUCCAAGGCAAUUCGGCAUCUCAGAAUGGUAGGCCAACCCACCUGUCAAGCCAUGACGCCUCGCUAUCCGCUAGCUGCAUCUGGUGGGCGCGGCGCAUGUGUGUGCGUCAGGGGAUCACCGAAGACCGGCAUCUUUCGCGCCAGGUUUCUGGUGGAGAGUGUGGCGGAUCUGAAGCGGCAGCUGCGCGGGCUGGGCAGCGACCUGCUGGUCGCCAUCGGCCAGCCUGAGACAAUCCUCCCGGAGCUCGCUACUCUCCCAUCAGGUGACCAAAAACCAUGUACAUGCGCUGCCAUGUUCGUUGCAUUGGUCUUGUGUUUUCAGAGAAGGGCCAGCCUGAGAGGGCGACAGUGGUGGCGAGUGAAGAGGUGACGAGUGAAGAAACUGCCGUCCAAGACGCAGUGCGAAGAAACCUGCGCUCACAAAAGGCAGAGGUAACAAUGCAGAGCACAUCCGACGGGCCACCGCUUUACUUUGCUCUUUCCCUGCCUUCUUCGUCAGCUGUCCCUUCAUUGGAGUUCCACGCUGCACCACAUCGAUGACAUCCGGUCGAUCUUCGACCGCGACCUGCGCACCAUGCCCACAGUCUUCACGCCAUUCCGCACCAAAGUGGAGGCACGCCUGCUCCCAGGAGCGACCCUCCCCACACCUCAACAGGGAGACGUCGGCGCGGCUCCCAAGAUCGACUUGACAAAGGCCUGUCUUGAUGCGUCGUUUGACUUGGUGCCGAGAGUCGAGGAUCUGCCGUGGGCUGGGGGGCGGCCGCCUGAGGCGCAUUCAUGGAGCCAACCAGCUGUGCUCGACUUCAGAGGUGCGAAAGACACAUGAAAUGGCCUCUAAUGUCGGUGUAUGUCGGCUGUCUGUCCCCCAGGUGGCGAGGAGGAGGGUCUGAAGCGCCUGUCGCACUAUGUUUGGAGCGACCACAUCGCCACCUACUUCGACACACGCAACGGGAUGCUGGGUGCCGACUACAGCAGCAAGCUGUCGCCAUGGCUGGCUCACGGCUGCCUCUCGCCGAGGAGGAUAUACGAGGAGGUGGCCAAGUAUGAGAGCGAGAGGGUCAAGAACAAGAGCACCUACUGGCUGGUGUUUGAGCUGCUGUGGAGGGACUAUUUCCGCUUCUUUGCCCUCAAAGUGGGCAGAUACACACACACACUCACACACUCACACACACAGAGAGAGAGAGGGCAAAGACAUGUGUAUGUCUUAUGUGUUUGCUUUCUUACCAACAACACCUGUGUCCCAUUAUUCAUCUCUCUCUCUCUCUCUGUUUGUGUGUGCGUGCGUGUGUGUGUGUGUGUGUUCAGAAUGGGCGGCGGGUGUUCCAGCAGCGCGGCAUCGCUUUCACGUCGCCCCCACCGCCGCCAAUACGACAAGAUGGCAAAGCCGAGGUGACUGUAGGACAGCCGCAGAUGGCUGGAUAAAGGGCGAGAGGAUUCGCUGUGUGGCUUUAUCUCAGGAACUGUUGGAUGCGUGGAAGAACGGGCAGACGGGCGUGCCACUGGUGGAUGCCAACAUGAGAGAGCUCGCCGCCACAGGUGCCUUGUGGAUGAGUGAAAGCACUCAGACGGAAACAAAGCCCGCACUUCAUUCAUUACUCAUUGCCUCUUGGUCUGUCUCUGUCCGGCUGCCUGCUGUCUGUCUGUCUGUCUGUCUGUCUGGUUCAGGUUUCAUGAGCAACCGUGGUCGGCAGAAUGUGGGCAGCUUCCUGGCGCUCGACCUCUGCCUCGACUGGUACGGGGACCAACACACAGCAGUUGAGACAUGCUCGAAGGCUGUCCACCCACCCCUUCAGGCGUUAUGGUGCUGACCACUUUGAGUCCCUUUUGCUGGACUAUGACGUGUGCUCCAACUGGGGCAACUGGGUGGCCAUCGCUGGACGCAUAGGCGGCAGACUCAACCGAUUCAACAUACCACGGUACGGUCAGCCAGCCCCCCAUGUGUGUGCGUCCGUCCAUCCACCCUCCAUCCGUUGGUGCAGGCAGGCCCGCACAUACGACCCACAAGGCGAGUACGUCCGUGUGUGGUGCCCCGAGCUCCGGAACGUCCCCACCGAGUAUAUUUUCGAGCCCUGGACCAUGCCAGCAAGUGUGCAGCAGAAGUCUGGGUGCGUCAUCGGUGUGGACUACCCGCAGUGUGUGGUUGGUGCCAACCACUGGCCGCCGUCGAGUGCGAGUGGUGGCGGCAGGGCAGCUCGACCGCCGAGGUCGCCAAGCGGGCGUGGGAGGGGCGGGAAGAAGGGGCGCGUGGCGAGGUGA